AUGCAUUCGUGUCGUCUACGACUACCUAAGGCUUAUACUUCUAGGCUCAUCUCCUUUAAGGUUUCAUUAAGGCUACACAAUCGUUCUUUGGCCACCAAAGCUCUAAAAGAAGGCGAAAUCCUUGAAUCCGAACUCAAUAAGCCUCAAGCGUGGGACAGAGGUGGCCAGACCAAAGAGGUUGCUCUCACGCCUCUUCUUUCGUCAAUGAGACGUCUCAUGGACGCCAACAAAGGAUGUGUUUGUCUCAUACAAGUGGGCAGCUUUUACGAGCUUUACUUCGAGCAAGCGACGCUUGUGGCGCCCAAAUUAGGGAUCAAAGUGGCAGUCAAGAGAACAAACAACCAUAGCGUGCCCAUGGCAGGGUUCCCAGUAGGUCACUUAAACAAAUUCGUGAAAAUGUUGGUGCAUGAUCUCCAAGUGAAUGUGGCGGUCAUUGACCAGUAUGUGUCCAAAACGGAAUCGAUUAUGCACAGAAAAGUGUCUCGGAUAGUCUCUCCAGGGACACUUGUGGAUGAGAGUUUCCUCAACUUUUUCAAAAACAAUUACCUUGUAGCGAUAUAUCUUCCUCCGCAGGCCGCACAAGGACCUAACCCAGAUUUGCCGGUGGGGAUUCUGUGGAUCGAUAUUUCUGUGGGGGAGUUCCACGUUCAGGAAACUACCAUGGGCGAGUUGGCCUCCGAUCUCAACCGAGUGGGCCCCAGCGAAGUCAUUCUACAGAAGGACUGGCAGAACGAGAAAGGCGUGAUGGAAUGGGUUUCAGAAAUGGGAAAUCUACAGAAGUAUUUUGUGCACUACCAUAAAACAACCUACGGGGACUAUAAAGUGCAGUUGAAGUCGACUUUGCAGUCGAUUCGAAAGAAACUUGAAAGCUUCACUGUUCGUGAGGAGGCCGCCAUGAACAUGGUGCUAUCUUACGUUAAUGUGAAUUUACCAGAUCGUCCAUUGCUGCUUGACGUGCCUCAGCAGUACUACAGCAGCAAGUAUCUCCAUAUGGACUCAAGGACUCGUGAUGCCUUGGAGCUCACGGAGCGCCUGAGCAGCGGGCUGAACUCUACAGUGGGUACUCUUCUUAACACCAUUAAACAGACUGUCACCCCUUCUGGAACAAGACUUUUGACGCAGUGGAUCAAGCUGCCGAUUCUCGACGUGGAGGAGCUUCGAUUCAGACAGGACUUCGUGCAGAUAUUUCAUGAUUAUCUGUCCCUUACGAUGCGGAUAAGACAUCAACUAACGAGAGUAGGUGAUCCAGUGAGGUCUUUACAAAAAUUAGCCUUGAAGGCUGGCCCUCCAGUGACCCAUCUUCUUGCCAUAGGUGAGGGUUUGGCGGAGCUUGAAAAGCUUAAAGAGAUUCUUGUGGAUCACUGUAAGCAAGAUGAAGAUGAUAACCUUCUUAGAUUUUUGAGCGACUUCGAAGUCCCUUGUGACAUUGCCGAGAACAUCUUGCACACGCUCUAUACUGACCCUGUUCUUAUUAACUCCCGAGAAAUGGCCGAAAGGGAGGAGUCAGAGCUGUUAAGUGAGCUGUUGCUGUCGAAUCAAACAGAGGUUGAUGAUUAUAUGAAUCAAGCGUCAGAGAAAGGGGGCGACAAUGAGCAAUUUGUGUUCAACGUUAAGAGAGAUCACGACCCACAGCUAAGCGAACUACACGACAAGUUAGAUGCGCUACAGAAAAAGGAAAACGAACUUUUGGUUAGGAUCAAAAAGACCGUGGCUGAUGUGGACCCAAAGGCAACCGUCACCAAGAAAGAUCAGGCUGGCCGAUUUCUUGACGUGAUACACAUAUCUUGCAGGCUGAGGAUGUCCAACGACAUUGCCAAGUAUCUCGAUAAGAAUGGAGAGAUUCGUGAGAAGAGGAAGACUAGCUUGAUAUACAAGCCACUUGAAUGGUCAAACUUACAAGAGCUGCGCAACUUCGUCAUACACAAAAUUAACCAGAUGGAGAAUGCCAUCAUAGAAGAGCUCAAAAACAAAGUUCUUGAAAAAACUCUCACGAUACGCAAAGUUAGCAAGUUAGCGGACUUUAUUGACAUCACUUCCUCGUUUGCCAUUUUGAGCAAAGAAAAUAACCUUGUUCGUCCAAAAUUUGUUAAGUCAAAUUCGUUGAACAUAACAGAAGGUAGGCAUCCUGUGGUUGAACUCGGGCUCAGAUUAAAUGGCGAAAUGUUCACUCCAAAUUCCACUACACUUGGAUCAGACGGAAGUCUUUGGGUGAUUACAGGGCCCAAUAUGGGCGGUAAGAGCACAUUUCUUCGUCAAAAUGCUUUGAUUGUGAUAAUGGCUCAAAUUGGUUGCUUUGUUCCAGCUACUAAAGCCAGCAUCGGAAUUGUUGAUCGCAUAUUUACAAGAAUUGGCGCCUCCGAUGACAUUUUCUCUGAUCUAAGCACCUUCAUGGUCGAAAUGAUAGAGACAAGCAAUUUGUUAAGCAAUGCCACCUCAAGAUCCCUCGCUAUAGUGGAUGAGAUCGGUAGAGGUACGAGUGGCAAAGAAGGCCUUGCAAUUUCAUACGCUGCUCUUCUCAGCUUACUACAAAAGAAUAAGUGUCGUACACUUUUCGCAACACAUUUUGGCCUAGAGCUCAAAAAACUCUUGGACGCCGACAAAAUUCCACAGUCAAGUUUGCGUUACUACCGCACAAAAGUUCGCAAAACAGGUGGUAGCGAAGUUAUCAAAAUUGACCACUCGCUCGAACCUGGUCUAAGUGAGAGAUCCUACGCUUUGGAAGUUGCAAAGCUUGCUGGCUUUCCUGAUCAUUCAUUAAAACAUGCAGAAAGGGCUCUAAGAUUAUUGAGCGAGCCAUGA